AUGAGCAGUCAAAGACAAUUUAGCUAUCGAAAAAAGUAUUGUUACAGAUCUCAACGUGAGGAACAGCACGAUGUUGUGAUCAAGAGAUGUUUUCAAUGUGAUCAAGCUCUCGGUGAUGGGCCGGCUUAUUCUGUUGAUGGGUGUGUAAGUUGUUUUCAAUGUUUUAAAUAUUAGUUUUAAAUUGAGCCUUUAAGCUAUAUAGUGAUUUUUUUUUAAAUUAGACGAAAUGUCAGAAAAUUUAUUAGAAAAGAGGACGAAAUGUCACAUGUUUUAUUGGAAUAAUAUUAGAUUCAAAACAAAAUUUUUAAAUUAAAUUUUUGCUUUUUAGCGCUUUUAAUGCUGAUUUUUUACUUUUUGAAAAACGAGACAAAACGUCACGAAUUUUAUUGAAAAAUGAGACGAAAUAUCACAAAUAUUAUCGUAUUUUUUUCCAACUUUAAUUUUAUGCCAAUUUUUUAGCACAAUAUAAAAAAAAAUAUUUUUUUUUACUUUCCAGACUUACCAUGCUAAACAUUUUGCUUGUUGCGCUUGUCGUCAGCCAAUCGAACCGACCCAGACGUUUCAAGUUCUAGACCAAGACAAGAUUUGUUGUUCACCGUGCUUUGGCGGUCAUUACGCGCCAAAAUGUUCAAGUUGUGGCAAAGGAAUUGUGGACAUGUGUGUGAAGAUUAGUCGGAAGGAGCUUUAUCAUCAAGAUUGUUUUGUUUGUUCUAGGUGAGUUUUGAAUAUUUAUUUAAUUUUUUUUUAAAUUUGUAAGAUUGUGAGUUGUUAUGCAGGCGUAUUUUACACUUCAAAAAAUUUUUCAUUUAUUUUUUAACGUUUUUACUUUAAUUUACAAACUUUGCAAAAACCGAUAGUUUUGUGACACUUCGCCAUAUUUACAAUAACUUUGUGACAUUUUGUUAAAGCUAAAAUAAUCACUAAAAUAGUAUUUUAUCACCUAAAAAUGCUUAUAAAAAGUGAUUACUACAGUCUAAUAACAUUUUUUUUCAGAUGUCAUCACCCAUUGACUACGAAUGAUGUUCUACCUGAUGGUGAAGGUGGGUACAUGGACAACGAAUGCUACUGGGCUUCGAGACUACAUAAAUUCGUUCUGACUAACAAACAAAAAGCUUUGAUGGACUACGCUGGAUCUUAA